UGUGUAUGGGUGGUGGGGUAGUGUGUGUUGGCCCUGCUCUCUGCUGAAGAGGUGUGUGUAUGGGUGGUGGGGGAGUGUGUGUUGGGACGUCUAACGGCAGUAAGGCCCUGCGCUCUGCUGAAGAGGUGUGUGUAUGGGUGGUGGGCUAGUGUGUGUUGGGACGUGUAAAGGCCAUGGGGUGUGUUCAGAGUGGAACUUGUAAGCCGCCCUUCUCUGACACCAUCACGGUGCUGGAGCUGAACGCCUCCAUCGACCCGAACCCCACGACCGUGGACGAGUCGUCCGACGUGGUUCUGCGCUACCGCACGCCGUACUUCCGGGCCUCGGCCCAGGUGCUGGUGCCGCCCGUGCUCAAGAAGGAGAUCUGGACCAUCGGCUGGAUCCAGGCCUGCAACCAGAUGGACUUCUACAAUCACUAUGGAAACGAAGGCCUGUCCAGUUGGGAGCUGCCCGAGCUGCGGUCGGGGCGUGUGUGUGCGCUGAGCGACUCUGACGGCGUGAGCUACCCGUGGUACGGCAGCACCAGCGAGAUCUACACGGUGGUGGGCCCCACGCGGCGCGACACCCGCCUCACCGUCGCCAUGAACGACAACUUCCACCCCAGCGUCACCUGGAGCGUCCCCAUAGCGACGGCGGGCAGCGCCCCGCAGCUGACGGGCAUCCGGCGACACCAGCGCUUCACCACGUGGCUGGUGGCGCGUAACGAGGCGUCGGGCGAGACCAGACUCUUGCGCACGCUGCGCUGGCGGAUGCGGCUGCGGAUCGACGUGGACCCGCGCGGGCACCGGGGUCAGCGGGCGCACCUGUUGGAGCCGCACCUGCAGGAGCCGCCGCAGCUGAUGCCCACCAACGAGCCCAUCCCGCCCAGCGCCCUGCUGCCACCCAACGCCAACGACGCACAGACGCUCAUGUGGAGGCCCAGCAACGCAGCGCCCGUCAUGGUCAUACCGCCCAGAUACACACACACACACGUGCCCUGAUACACACACACACACACACACAUCCCGCCCAGCGCCCUGCUGCCACCCAACGCCAACGACGCACAGACACUCAUGUGGAGGCCCAGCAACGCAGCGCCCGUCAUGGUCAUA